UUAAAAUAACCGUUACUGUAAAACACCGUGAACUAUGCACACAAUCAUUGCGUGUGACGCUGUGGCAAAACUAAAUCUUUUAGGUUAUAUUUAUGCAUGGUGACCAGGACGAUCCAAAGAUGUUUCCCUAAUGCAUUUCGUUGUACAUACAUACAUACACAAUCCCCUAUAAAUCCCUAACUGACAGAAACAAAUCCCUAAAUUUUCCCCUAACAGAUUAUAGCGAAUUCGAUUGGAUCGAAAUUGAUUAUGCGUUGUGCAGAAGUGUGUGCUCUCCGCUUUAUGAAUAAUUUAUUUCUUCACAAUGGUGAGAUGUUGUUUUUGCCAAAGUGUUCAAAACAAAGGAUGUGGACGAACAUAUCAUAAAUCUGGAUUUAGAGUACAUACGCUUGAAGCUUAAUAGUGCUCCAACUUGUUUCGGAGAUCCCCCGACAGCCUGUAUAAUGUGUAAGCGCAAAUAUUUGCAUCAAUCUCCUUACUCAUUCUUCAGGUUUCCCUUGGAAAAAGCAGAACUUCUCAAUAAAUGGUUGAGAAAUAUGAAUCUGCUAAACUGGAGGCCUGCUCAAACAAGUCGUUUGUGUUCAAAUCACUUUGAAGCAUUUUGUUUGAGGAAAGUAAAAGAGAAAUACUGGGCAUUGAAGGAAAAUAGUAUUCCAACAAUAUUCACUUCCAGUGACUAUAGUUUACCGUAUGAAACUCCAGGGAAAAAGUUACAUGAUCGCUACCCAGAUUGCCAGAUCGAACGUGGGUUGCGUAGUCUAGAGGUCGCGCUUGGCCCGGCGAUCUUAGAGACCCUCGGGGUCUCUAGGCGAUCUGAGACAACGGCCAAUCUCCGGCGACGUCCGAUUGUUGCUCGCCGGCGCAGCGCGGCGCCGCGGCCGCCUACACUGUCGACGUACGAACAUUGCCGUAGCGCAAUAUUUUCACGUAAGGCGUAAGACGCUACAGUAAUGUUCAUGCACUGGCCCUAAUGAGUCCUUAUGUUGAUUUGUAGUUUUUUAUUGAAUAAGAAAUGUUAUCACCGAACAUUCUUUAUAGAUCGAUUACACAUGAAAUCAUCUCAAUAUUUUCCUCGGAUAUAUAGCGAAAUACGAUAGCAGCUAGCUAGGGUAUUCGCAUAUAAUCGGCCAAUAACUGUGAAAUAAUAUAUAUUUGAUUAAUCGUUUGUUUGUUAGAUGUUUAUAGAAAAUUGUGAGGGACUGCCUGAAACUGCUUUAAAGAUAUCUUUGAUAUAAACGAUUUUGAGAUGAUUUAAUUUCUCCCGAAAAUAAUUGUAUGUAAUUGAAGGAUUAAAUAAUGUUUAAUAAUGUUAGUCAUAUUUAUGUGAAUUAUUUCAGUUGACUUAUUGUUAAAAUGUAUUAUAAGGAAGUAUUUUUAAACAGGCCAUUGAAAUUUACUUUAUUUGUUACAACGAUCGAGAAAGAAAUAUUGUGCUUAUAUAUAUGUAUAUAUUUAUUAUGGAUCUAUCACUGACGUUUUGUCAGUUGUAAAGAUAUAUGUUAAAAUACGACUAAUUUGUUUUACAUAAGACUUUCCUUUUAGAUUUAAAUUUAUUAAGAUUUUUCGGCGUAAAAUUAUUAAACUACUUUAUCAAUGCGGUAAAUUUUUCGAAUACAGAAAUUGAAAUUAUUCUAAUUAUAAGAUUUGUACGUUUCAACUACACACUUCUCCAACAUUUCAGUUUUUUCUUUGAGUAUGCACCUGCCUUGUUUUAAAAUGUAAAGAGUGGAUAAUUCAUAUGUUUUUCAAGAACUAUAAUCGAACUAUGUACAUAGAAUGUUCACAAUAAAAUUUUCUUGUUUUAUAUCUUCA